AUGGUAAGCUGGUCGGAGCUUCACGAUGACGUUCUACAAUUGAUUCUGGAGGGUUUGGACAUCAUUACUUAUGUUAGAGCUCGAACCGUUUGCAAGGAUUGGUACGCAGUUUGCAAACGAAUCACUUCAGUACAGGAAAAGUCUCCGUGGGCGAUAAUCUUCCCUGACGGAAGAUCAAAGUGCGGUUCUUGUCUAGUGUCGGACUGUUGCACUUCUGGACUCACCGGUAAAUGUAAGUUUUACAGAUUGCACAAUCUCGGCAAUGACUUUGGUACGCACCGGUGCAUCGCAACUUGCGGAGGCUGGCUCUUAAUGUUAGACCUACGUUCAAGUUUAUACGUUUUGAAUGUUUUCACACGCGAGAGAAUCAAACUUCCGCCGUUUGAGUCGCACAAAGGAAGGCUAUGUGUUGAGAGACGCGGCCGAGACACCGACUUCGUAAUAAAUAAAUCGUCAGUAACCACAAGAAACGCUGUAAACAAGACAAACGCGGUUUUAUGGGUGGACGAGAGAACCAAACGUUACUUAGUCGUCUGGUCGAUAGGUCUCUGGUAUAUGAUGUACGCUAGGAGUGGGUUCGAUUUCUGGAGAGAGAUACCUACACGUGAAGGCCCUGAGAAUCUAUAUGGAUGUCAAGAUAUUGCCUACAAAGACAACAAGCUUUACGUUCUUAGCCGUCAAAACCAAAUCAGAAUCUUGGACUUCUCUCAAGAACUCCCUUUAGCGUUACCGACUAACGUUGAGCAUCAACCAUUUACGAAUGACAGACCAUGGCGAGUUAAGAUUGGAGUUACAGUCUCCGAACAUGUUUUGAUGGUUAAGAAUCGGUUAAAUAAAAUUUUGAAGAUUUUUAAGAGUGAUUCAGAAGGGACAAGUUGGGAUACUGCGGAGUCAUUAGAGGGAGAAGCUUGGAUCAUGGAUCUAGGUGUGACUGUACCAGCAGUUAAUGGGACUAAACCAAACUAUAUUUAUUACAGCAAAGAUAAGUAUGUUUAUUGGGGCGAUGUUUCGACUCAAGAGUUGGGAAUGGGCCAAUAUGUUAACUUGAAUCGUAACUUCAGUUACGCUAGGUGGUUUAUUCCUAGUCUUCGUGAGUUAUAA